AUGGACCUAAUUUUAACUAUUUUACUAAUCAUCGGGAUCCGUGCAACAUCCAGUCUCGGAGGGCACCUUAUGCCUUACAUGCCUAAUGUGUGCACAGAACGUGAGGUGAAGCUGGUUGUCCAGAGGCAGCCCUGUGUUCAGGCUUUCACACGCAUGGUCAAAGUUUGGAAACAGGGCUGUCUGGGACAGACAUGGUGCAUGGGCUAUGAAAGAAGGACAGCGUACUACACUGCAUACAGGCAAGUCUACCGUCAGGAUUAUCAGACUGUCUACAAAUGCUGCCCUGGAUGGUCACAACUCAAUGGGGAGGCUGGAUGCCUGUAUCCAACCUGUAGCUAUGGCAUAUGCUUCAAUGGUGGCCAGUGUCGAGAGGGAUCUGCCCAGCUCUGUGACUGUCCUCCUGGCUUCAAUGGACCCAGCUGCCAAUAUGAUGUGAAUGAGUGUGAGGAGACGAAUGGAGGUUGUGAGGCCCUCUGCUGCAACACCAUUGGAAGCUUCUACUGUAAGUGCCCCCCAGGUCAGGAGCUCAGGGAAGAUGGCAAGACCUGCCAAGAUGUCGAUGAAUGCCAGAUCCAUAACGGUGGAUGUCAACACAGAUGCGUGAACACCAGGGGCUCAUACCAUUGCCAGUGUAAUCCGGGUUACAGACUGCACGUGGAUGCACGCACCUGUCUCGCGGUUCACUCCUGCAGCAUAGGGAAUGGGGGUUGUGAACACUACUGUGUACAGCAGUCUGGUCUUCACUUCCAAUGUCGCUGUCGACCAAAUUACCAACUCGCUGAGGAUGGAAAACACUGUAAAUUGGAGAACCCAUGUGCGGAGAGGAACGGUGGCUGUAUGCAUGAGUGUCGGAGUGAUGGAGGGCAGGCUCACUGUGACUGCUACACUGGCUUCAUGCUGGCAGAGGAUGGCAAGACCUGUGAAGACAUUGACGAGUGUCAGACGGGCCAGGCAGAGUGUGCCCACGGCUGCCAUAACACCAGAGGCUCCUUCUUGUGCGUGUGUAGCGCUGCCUAUGAGCUGGGAGCAGACGGCAAGCAGUGCUAUCGGAUCGAGAUGGAAAUUGUGAACAGUUGUGAAAUAAAUAAUGGUGGUUGCUCCCACCAUUGCCAGCACUCAAGCAAUGGCCCGGUGUGCAGCUGUAAUCAGGGUUAUCAGCUGGACGACGACCUCAAGACCUGUGUUGAUUUGGAUGAGUGUGGAGAUCAGAGCUCUUGCUGUGAGCAGGACUGCACAAACUACCCGGGUGGUUACGAGUGUAACUGUGCAGCUGGCUAUCGACUCAACUCUGAUGGGUGUAGCUGUGAUGAUAUAGAUGAAUGUCUGGCUAAAAAUGGGGAUUGUGAUCACACGUGCCAGAACACUGCAGGCUCCUUCCAGUGUUUCUGCAGACGUGGAUAUCGACUGGAUGAAGACCGCCACUCCUGCAUCCUGCUGGAGAACACCGUGGAGGCCUUGAGCAGUGGUCAGUACGUGGACAGGACUCUCCCUCAGCCUGAGCUGACACUGCUGCAGGACUAUGAGCAGCCACUGGAGCGCUAUGAUGACUAUGAGGAGGAUGCUGGUGAACUGCGUGCGGAGAGCUCACUGGCUGAGAAAUUCGUGUGCCUAAAUAAUUCAUUUGGCUUUGACUGUAGUCUGACCUGUGAGAACUGCGCUAAUAGUGGAGUGUGUAACACACACAAAAAUGGCUGUGAUUGCUCAGACGGCUGGACAGGGAUCAUCUGCAACCAAACUUGUCCUGAGGGCUGGUUUGGGAAGAACUGCUCUUUUAGCUGUAAAUGCAAGAAUGGAGGCAUUUGUGAUCCAGUGACAGGAAGCUGCCGUUGUCCACCAGGGGUCAGUGGAGACCUUUGUCAAGAUGGCUGCCCUAAAGGUUUUUAUGGAAAACUGUGCAAUAAGAAAUGUAACUGUGCCAACAAUGGCCGCUGUCACCGUACCUACGGAGCCUGUCUGUGUGACCCUGGGCUCUACGGGAGGUUUUGCCACUUACCAUGCCCAAAGUGGGCGUUUGGACCCGGCUGCUCUGAGGAAUGUCAGUGUGUCCAGCAGAACACUCUAGAAUGUCACCGUCGUCAUGGCACCUGCAUCUGCAAACCCGGUUACCAAGGCGACACUUGCAAAGAAGAGUGUAAUGCAGGUUUCUAUGGCACUGGCUGUGAAAAGAAGUGUGAAUGUCCACCAGGAGUGAUUUGCAAUCAUGUAACUGGGGCGUGUCAGCGGCAGUGCCCGGCUGGCAAACAGGGAGAAAACUGUGAUGAGGAAUGUCCGGAUGGAAAAUACGGAGCUGGCUGCCUCCAGACAUGUGACUGUACAGGAGCCUCAUGUAAUAAAGUAACUGGCCAGUGCAUCUGCCCUGCUGGGAAACUGGGAAAACAUUGUGAGAAAGAGUGUGCUGAUGGGUUCUGGGGUCUGGACUGUAAGGAGAGGUGUCCUAUGUGUGAGAAUGGAGGCCUGUGUGACAAGCAUAAUGGCACCUGCCACUGUCCUCCUGGAUACAUGGGCAGACUCUGCCAGAAUGUAUGUCCCACAGGACGCUUUGGUCAGGGUUGCCAGCUGCGGUGUGUGUGUGAAAACAGUGGACGAUGCCACCCUGUCACUGGUCGGUGUACCUGCGCACCUGGCUGGACAGGACAUAACUGCAGAAAAGCGUGUGAUGCGGGGCACUGGGGCCCAGACUGCGCCCUGGCGUGUGACUGCCGGAAUAGCGAUGGGAGCUGUGAUGCUAUGACGGGCCAGUGUAACUGUGAGGCGGGCUUUACAGGCACACGCUGUGACCAGAAAUGCCCAUCUGGUUCUUUUGGCCUGGGCUGUCGGCACAGAUGCCAGUGUGACAAUGGGGCAUCAUGUGACCACGUGAGCGGAGCCUGUACCUGUAAGGUGGGCUGGAUCGGCACUUUCUGUGAGAAACCUUGCCCCCACGGUUUCUACGGUCUAGACUGUCAGCAGAAGUGCGUGUGUCUGAAUGGAGGUCGCUGUAACCACAUCACAGGUGACUGCCAGUGCCCAGCUGGUUGGCAUGGUCCACAGUGUGACCUGACAUGCCCUGUUGGAUUCUAUGGUAAAGGCUGUAAUCAAACCUGUGCUUGCCAGAACAAUGCAAGCUGCCAUGCAGUGAGCGGCCAGUGUGUUUGCGCUCCAGGCUGGACUGGGCCGAACUGUACGCAGGAAUGCUCAGCGGGUUUCUACGGGGUGGGCUGCGGUCAGCGUUGUCUGUGCCAGAACGGAGGGACGUGUGACCGUGUGAGUGGACGCUGCCUGUGCCCCAGUGGCUGGACAGGCACAGUGUGUGAGCUGGAGUGCGCUGCCGGCCGGUUCGGAGCAGACUGCCAGCACAGGUGUGUGUGUGAGAAUGGAGGCCAGUGUGACAGACAGACGGGCCAGUGUGUUUGUCGCCCUGGCUGGGUGGGAGAACAUUGUGAAAAAGCAUGUGUGCCGGGGCGGUUUGGAGCAGGGUGUGAGGAAUGGUGUCAGUGUAAACAUGGUGCAACCUGUGACCACAUAACUGGAGCCUGUAUGUGCCCUCCAGGCUGGAGAGGUCAACACUGUGACAAAGCCUGUUUGCCUGGUAGUUAUGGGGAAGGCUGUAUGCAGCGCUGCAGCUGUCCUCUGGGCAUCUCCUGUCACCACGUCACCGGGGAGUGUGGCUGUCCCCCGGGCUUCACCGGCAACGGCUGUGAGCAGACCUGUCUGCCUGGCACCUACGGCGUUAACUGCAACCAGGUGUGCCAAUGCUCAGAGAAGAACCAGCUGUGCCACCCAGUGACCGGACUCUGUUACUGUGCGCCCGGCUUCAGGGGACCACAGUGUAAUAUGGAGUGUGAGAGCGGACGCUAUGGGCCAGAUUGUGACCGUCGAUGCCAGUGUCAAAAUGGUGGUGUGUGCCAGCCCAGCACUGGCACCUGUGAGUGCCAAGCUGGCUUCAUAGGAGCGCACUGUAACAUCACAUGUCCAGCUGGUCGUUAUGGACCUGACUGUGCCCUCAUGGCUCUGUGUGGAGAGGGCUCAAGAAAUGAUCCAUUCACUGGCAAAUGCGUGUGCUCGCCUGGGCAUCGUUGUGCUCCCGGCUGGUUUGGAGAGAACUGUUCUCAACGUUGUAACUGCAGUAAUGGAGGGCGAUGUGACUCUGUCUCUGGGAACUGUACGUGUGGCCUGGGCUGGACUGGUCCUUACUGUGACAGAGAGUGCCCUCAGGGCAGGUAUGGCCCAAACUGUGGGCUAGAGUGUGACUGUCAGAACAACAGCACCUGUGACAGAAUGACUGGCACCUGUCACUGUCAACCUGGCUAUUAUGGACAUCGCUGUGAACACGUUUGCCCGCCGGGUCUGUAUGGGCUCAGAUGCCAGCUGCACUGUGACUGUCUGAACAGUGCCCUGUGCCAUCCCAGUACUGGCCACUGUAUCUGCCCUGCAGGCUUCCAGGGCCGUCGCUGUGAAACAGGGUGUAAACAGGGCACGUUUGGACAAAACUGUUCUCAGACAUGUGACUGUGCUGAAGGGACGCCAUGUGACCCUUUGAACGGUAGAUGUCUGUGCUCCUCAGGGAAGACUGGAGCCAGGUGUGAUACUGACUGCAGAAUAAACCACUACGGUCCAGACUGCGCUCUGGGCUGCGAAUGUGAGAAUGGUGCCCAGUGUGACAGUAGGAAUGGUCGAUGCACCUGUCUUCAUGGCUGGUUUGGACUCACUUGCCAAGAGGGUGGGCCCCCACAGCAUCUUCACAGAAGAAAGGACCAAUCACAGCCAGACAACUCUUUAUAGCAGUGCUG